AUGCCAUUCGAUUUUGAUUCAAAAUAUGAAGUUAGCGAAGAGGUAGCAAAUCUCCCAUCAACUGUUGAGUUCUUUCCCGACUUAUCCCAAUUUGAAGAACAAGAGAAACAGGAAGAAGAACCAGAUUUUAUUCCUGAGUGGUCCUUAAGAAAGAUUGCAACACUUCAAUCUAAAUUGGAGGCCAUACAGAACCAUAGAGCGAAUUCGAAGGGGUUUUUUGGAUCAAGAGAUCUGAUAAGCAAUUUUGGAUCUUCGCUAAUAUUUGGCCUUGCAAAUGAAGUGUUUGGUUUCAAUGGUUGGUCAACUGAGCUUGUCGAGUACACUAAACUACUGGAAGAAGCUGACGAAGAGAACAGUAGAUACUCAGCGAAGUUCUCUGCAAUCAUAAGAGUAGUUUUGAAAGAUGGUGCACAUAGCGAGGAUUUUGGAAUCGGAGAGGCAAUCAACAUGCCACAUCGGUAUAUGUGUUACAGCAAGUGCAAAAAGCAGGCAAUAACUGAAGCAACCAAAAAUGCGGUCAUAGGACUCAGUUAUAGAGUAGUCGACUACGAAAUGAAGAAAUUUGAACAACAGUUGAAGCAAGAAAGGUAG